AUGGUAGGUGGAAAUGAAUCCUGUAGUGCAGGACCGAUACCUAUGUCCUACUUGACUUGCCUGACUUCCAUUCUGGGAGAAUGGACUGGCGUGGAGCAUAUUGAAGAGUAUCUGAGUUAUGCAGUCUACCUUCUGUGGGUGUUUUUUCCACUCGCACUAGUUCUUCUGCUUCCGGGAGGUAUCAUCAUCCUCUUCUACACUUCCAUUCUCCUUCUUCAUAUUUAUAAAAGGAAGAAUGAACUAAAGGAAGCUUAUUCCAAUGAUUUUUGGGAUGGCGCAAAACAAAUGUUGGCUACCCUAUGGGAUGGACAUGGAAGAAUAUGGCAUGGUUAUGAGCUUCAUGGUGCUGAAAAUAUUCCUGAAGGACCAGGGCUUAUUGUGUUUUAUCAUGGAGCUACUCCUGCUGACUGUGUCUAUUUCAUGGCCAGACUUCUUAUACAGAAGAAGAGAUACUGCCACGUAGUAGCUGAUCAUUUCGUCUUUAGAUUACCAGGUUUUAAAUUAUUACUCGAUGUGCAUGGAGUUAUGCAUGGACCAAAAGAAGAAUGUGUCAAGGCUCUGAAGAAGGGCUGUCUGAUAGCUAUUGCCCCAGGUGGAGUUCGGGAAGCACUCUUUAGUGAUGAAAUGUAUACUAUUAUCUGGGGUAGUCGGAAGGGCUUUGCUCAGGUGGCCAUUGAUGCAAAAGUGCCCAUCAUUCCUAUGUUUACACAAAAUGUUCGAGAAGGCGUUAGGACAUUAGGAGGAAUAAAAAUAUUUAGGUCACUAUACGAACGUAUUAGAUUGCCAGUAGUUCCUUUGUACGGUGGGUUUCCAGUCAAGCUUCGUACAUUUAUCGGAGAACCCAUUCCAUAUGAACCAAAUAUAACUGCUGAGGAACUAACAGCGAAGACAAAAGCUGCACUCCAGGCUCUAAUAGAAAAACAUCAGAAAAUACCAGGAAAUAUAUUUAGGGCUUUAAUGGAACGAUUUCAAACACAAAAGAAAGAAGAUUAAGGUCUUCAGAGUAAACUAAUAAUUAGUUAUAAUAUUCUUAAAGUCAUAUUUGUAACUUAUUCAUUCUUCUAAUAAUAGUUUUAAAUACUGUCCUAAUGAUACUGCUGUAUAAUUUAAGAUACAAGACAUUGCCCCUUGCCCUUCCCCCUGUCCAGUAUCAAGCUCAGGAACCCAAACUUUAAAUAAUUUGUAAUGGGGCAAAACUUAGUUUUUGAUAAAUGCAUUCCUACCUUGAAAGUGCUUUUUUGUUUGUUUUUUUUUUUUUCCUUGUUUGUUUUGUUUUGUUUUUUUCCACAAAAAUGACACUGCAAGUCUUUAUGUA